UGAAAGCCGGAUAACGCCCUCGUAAGAAGACGCAACGUGCGGAUAGCAGAUAUAGGAAGUUACAAGUCGUCAAGGACGAGAACAACUUUUCUACAAGAUUUUCGAUGACCAUUCAAAUUGCAUUAAAUCUCAAGUGUCGAGUUGCUGCCAACUAAAUCUAAAUUAUUGUUGCUUUUAUGUUCAUAUUUUACAUUAUUUUUUACUUUCAGUUGCGUAUGUGAUUUUUAAUACUUUUUUUUAUCAACUUGUUUUGGAAUCCUGGUGGAAAAGAAUCCUUCCUUGUUGUCAACUAUAGAGCUGUAGAGCAUAGAAAUGACCGGACCGUAAUGUCAGUGGUUGCAUGCUGAUUGGAGGAGGGCAGUGCCAGUGUCAACAAGCAGGAUGAGUGUGUCUGACGGUGUGACGAGAACAACCAGCUUGGACGUAGAUCAAUUACAGCAACGGCAGACCGUCUUCCUCCAGAUCUACCCGCGUCUGCCCCAGGACACAGCUGCAUGUUGUACCCUCCAGGUCAGCCCUCGGGCCACGGCCGCUACGGUUAUCCAGAACGCAGGGGCCACGCUGGGCCUGGACAUGACCCGGCACUACGCCCUCCUGGAGGUCAGGCAGGAUGGAGGGGCUGAGAGGAUGCUAGGGGACUCUGAGAUGCCCGUGGAGAGGGUGUUGCUGUGGCCCCCAGGGGCCCGGAACCAGCAUCCCCAGGAGGAGGGGUACUACUUCAUCCUGCAAGCCCAAAGAAGUGGAGGGGAUCUGGGGUCAGGGACUGGCGGUAGUGAGGUACCUUCACUGGAGGAAUAUGAUGACCUGUGCAGCCUCUCCACCCUGACCGAGGACACUAUCCUGGCCGCAUUGCGCCAGCGCUUCUACAAACACAACAUCUACACGUACGCCAGCGGUAUCCUGGUCGCCAUUAACCCCUUCAAGUUCCUACCCAUCUAUAACCCGAAGUAUGUCAAAAUGUACAACAACCAGCCACUGGGAAAACUGAGCCCUCACAUCUUUGCGGUGGCGGAUGUGGCGUACCACACCAUGCUGAAGAAGCAGGAGAACCAGUGUGUGGUGAUAUCAGGGGAGAGCGGAUCAGGGAAAACGCAGAGCGCCAAUUUCCUGAUUCACUGUCUGACGGCAUUGAGCCAGAAGGGCUACAGCAGCGGGGUGGAGAGGACCAUAUUAGGAGCAGGGCCUGUCCUGGAGGCAUUUGGCAACGCUAAGACGGCUCAGAACAACCACUCCAGUCGCUUUGGGAAGUUUAUCCAGGUCAACUAUCUGGAGAAUGGAGUGGUGAGAGGGGCGGUAGUAGAGAAGUAUUUCCUGGAGAAGUGUCGGCUAGUGUUUAGAGAUAGGAGUGAGAGGAACUACCACGUGUUCUACUACCUGCUGGUGGGGGCGUCCAAGGAGGAGCAGAGAGAGUUCAGUCUGCUGCAUCCUGAAGACUACGCAUACCUACAACAGGAGGACUUUAAUUUAGAUGACGCUGAGGACCUCAGGUGUGAGUUCAAGAGGCUUCAUCAGGCCAUGGAGAUGGUGGGAUUCCUGGUCCCCACCAAGAAACAGAUCUUCUCUGUGCUCUCUGCCAUCCUGUACCUGGGCAACGUGACGUACAGCCAAUCAGAAGAUGGCCAGGGGCUGGAGGCGGGGCCAGCAGAUGUCCUCUCUACCCUGUCUGACCUGCUGAAGGUCAAACAGGAGUUGCUGGUGGAGGCUUUGACUAAGAGGAAACAAAUGACGGCCAACAACACCGUAGUUCUACACUACACUCUGGAGGAGGCUGUGACAGCACGGGACUCGAUGGCCAAGUCUCUGUACAGCUCUCUGUUUGAUUGGAUCAUCCUGCACAUCAACCACGCUCUGCUCAACAGACGAGACAUGGAGGAGGCUGUCUCUUGUUUGUCUAUAGGUAUCCUGGAUAUAUUUGGUUUUGAGGACUUCCAGACGAACAGCUUCGAACAGUUCUGUAUUAACUACGCCAACGAGAAAGUUCACUACUACUUCCACCAGCACGUCUUCACGCUGGAGCAGGAGGAGUACCAGGCAGAAGGAAUCAGCUGGAGUCCCAUUGACUACAAAGACAACCUGGGCUGUAUCCAUCUGAUCAGCCAGAAACCCACUGGACUGUUCCACAUACUGGACGAGGAGAGCAAUCUCUCCCAGUCCACAGACAACACCCUGUUGGAGAAGUUCAAGCAGCUGCAUCACGAUAACCCGUACUUUGUCCCCACCGCAGUGAUGGAACCAGCCUUCAUCAUACAACACUUUACUGGGACCAUCAAGUACCAGAUUAAGGAUUUCCGGGAGAAGAACACGGACCACAUGCGUCCGGAGAUCGUGUCGUUACUACGCAGCAGUCAGCGGGCGUUCAUGCGUCAGCUGAUCGGGUCAGAUCCUGUGGCCUUUUUCCGAUGGGGAAUCCUCCGAUCCACCAUACACAUCAUAGCAGUCUUCAAGGAGGCCGGGCGCCGCCGGGCAGCCGCAGCUCUGGUGAAACCCACCUCCUGUCGCAUUACAGGGGAACUGAAGAGGAGACCCAUCUUGGCUCUACAGAGACUGGCCAGCUCCCGACUGGACUUCUCAUUUGACCGGUCUGAUGACCACCCUCUGGAGGUGUUAGAGGACAUUUUCGUCAGCUAUGAGAAGAGGAAAAAGACCAAAGGCAGCAAGCGCAAACAGCUCAUUCCCAAGAAUCUGAUGAACUCCCGGUCCCUGAAGCACAUAGUGGAUCUGACGCGCCACGCCCUCACCCCCCGCUCUCUGCUCCACCCACAUCAGAGGAAGCAACCGUCCAGCAUCAGCGCUCAGUUCCAGGCGUCUCUCAAUCAGCUGCUGGAGACUGUGGGCAGAGCAGACCCGUUCUUCAUCCUCUGUAUUCGUUCCAAUGCUGAGAAGAAGGAGAUGCUGUUUGACGACGCUCUAGUUUUACAGCAGAUUAGGUACACGAGCAUGUUGGAGAUGGUACGCAUCAGGAAGUCUGGCUACAAUGCCAAGUUCACCUUCAAGGAGUUCCUAGAGAGGUUUAAGGUGUUGCUGCCUAAAGGAGCCGCCUCAGCACCGAAGGACAUAGCUAACCUGCUGCAGAAGGUGGGCCUGGGACAGAGCACAUACCAGAUUGGGAAAACUAAGGUGUUCCUAAAGGAGAGGGAGAGGCAGCAUCUGCAGGACACCCUGAACAAGGAAGUAAUGCGUCACAUCGUCAUCCUCCAGCGUUGGUUCAGGGCCUGUCUGAUCAGGAGGCACUUCCUCUGCAAGAAAGAUGCUGCCAUCAGAAUACAGCGAUGUUGGCUGGCGUUCCGAGCGGACAACAGGUGCCUUGCGGCCACAGUGAUCCAGGCGGCAUGGAGAGGUUCUCAGGAGAGGACAGACUACUUGAGAAUGAGGAACAGCGUCAAGAAAAUGCAGGCACUGAUCAGGAACAAACAAGGUCCAAACAGCACCAAGGCUGAGGGAGAGAAGCCCACCACGCCUUCUCAGCUCCCUCCGAAAACGCAGUACCAAACCCAGCACCAGAGAAGCCUGGAGAGGACGGAGCUGAGGAGGAGGCAGCACAGUGAGGAACACGGUCCCAACAGAAGCCCCGAGACAAGCCCAGAAGUCAAUGGACAGAAGGCCGCCCAGAGGAACACAGAGACGGAGAAGAGAGAGGGAAGAGGCUCUCCACCUCCCCUCAACAGACCUCUCUCCUUCCCACUAGACGCCAAGGCUGGCAGGGAUGGAGAGGGAGAGUCAACCAGACCCUCCCACCACACAGGCUCACUGAAGGGCUGCUCCACCUUAGAGGACAGUAAGGAGCCUGCUGAGGGAUGGAAUGUGAGCAGGAGGGAGGGAGGACACCAGGAAGACUCCCACCCUGAGGUCCAGCGCCCCAGGAAUAUGGAGGGGUUGCUGCGGAACUCUGGGUCGGUGUCAGACAGCUCUCCCUUCGCCACUGAGUUUCCGAAAUCUUUUGAUAUUUCCACGGACGGGGCUAGUUUCAGCCUCCCACAUGAGAGCAUAACCCGCAGAGACUCCAGCCAAUCCCAGCCGACCACUCCUGAUAGGCUUGGCAUCUUCAGUAAGUUUCGGAGGAAACGGCCGACUAAAAAGUCACAGAUAAAUGCGUACGGGAUGGUGACCAAUGAGAAUGCACCAUCUGGGAAAGGAGCCACCUCUACCUCCUCCCUGUCCACAGGACGGCGUGGUAACAACAGUGAAGGGCAUGGUAACACCACCAUCAGGAUCAGCCGAGCCACGCGGGUCUCCGAGCAGUGGAAUGCUUCUCUGGAACGGGAGAUCACCGACACCGACGAGCUCCGACACCUGGAUGAGUUCCUGGGGACCCAGGUAAACGAUCUGAGGACCAGGGUAAAGGAGCUGUCAGCCACAGAGAGAAUCUUCCUUACAGCCACCAUGCAGUUCAGAGAGACCAUAAAGGGCAUGUACUCCGUCUUGAAGCCCCAUAUCAGCUAUAAAGUCCUGAUGUCGGGCUACCACAACUGUGUGUCCAGUCAUGCUGGCGCCAAGCAGCUGACUGAGGUCAGCCUGGUGGUCAACCUGUUCCAGUCCAUCCUGGACGGCUUCAUACGGGGAGAGAUCAAACGAGAGGGGUUUGGGCCGGUCAAGACCGUGAACAAGCCAAAGACGAAAAAGAAAAAAUGUCUCGACAGCCCUUUAGGUCACAUGUUUAGUACGUACCAGGUCAACAUCAGGCAGUCCUGUGACCUGUGUGGUUUCUACAUCUGGGGCAUGGAGAAGGCCUACAUGUGCAGCGCUUGCAAAUUGAUAUGUCACAAGAAAUGCCUUUCCAAAAUCAUCACUGACUGCUCCACUCGAUGUGCCAGGCUGGACGAUGGGAGACCUGGCUGUCUGCACUUUGGGGUGCAGGUGUGUGUACUGACCAGUAAGACCUACCCAAUCCCCAUGGUACUUCUGAUGAUGCUGGAGCAUGUUGAGAUGAAUGGCCUGUACACAGAGGGCCUCUACCGUAAAUCUGGUUCUGCCUCACACGCCAGGGAAUUACACCAAUUACUGGACACAAACCCUGAGACGGCGACUCUGGAGAACUACUCCAUCCACACGAUGACUGGCCUGGUGAAACGCUGGCUCAGAGAGCUGCCUGACCCCCUCCUUACUUACCGCCUCUACAAGGACUUCCUUCACGCCGUCGAGUUGCCAGAGCAAUCUGAGCGGCUUCGUGCGGUCUACCAGAAACUGGACGAGCUUCCCUCCGCUAACUUCAAAACACUGGAGAGAUUGGUCUUUCACCUGGUCAGAGUGGCAAAGGAGGAAGAACACAACAGGAUGUCAGCAAACUCCCUGGCCAUAGUGUUUGCCCCCUGCAUCCUGCGAUCCCAAGACACCACUGACCCCUUCCUAGUCUUGAAGGACGUCUCCAAGACAACCACGUGUGUGGAGAUCCUGAUCUCGGAACAGUUCAGACGGUACACUGAGAAGAUGCAGGAUAUCACCGAGCUGGAAUACGCUGAGGCCCUGGCCGUCAACCAGCUCAAACUCAAGAGACAGAACACUAUCUCAGAGAAACCUUCAUCGGAGCCGGACACCCCUCACAUGGACAACCUUGACCUGUUGGAUAUAGACAUGGAAUCAGAGAGGACCCUCAUCGAAAGGAUAAAAUCCAUCAAGCAGGAGAAGGAGGAGCUGGCAUGCAGGUUGCCAGAGCUGGAGCAGGAGAACUCCGACAACGACAACAUGGACUCUGAGUCAUCAAUCAGCUCAGAGAGCCUGGACUCAGAAGGCAGAGUGAACCUGUUGUGGAGGAGCCAGAGGCAGGAGUGCCCUCCUAAGCCACCUGACCUGGCCCAGAGAACUACUACAGCCACAGGCCAUGACCAGGCUAGAUGGAUAGAACCCCCAGCCUACAACAAGACCAGGAGCAGGAACUUCUCAGAACUGGACAUCCCUUUCAUAGAUGAGGAAGAGGACUAGCCUGGGUGCCAGUCUGUUUUUGCUCCAAAUGGAAUUGUCAUGCCAAACAUGGCUGUACAAUGACAGAAAUGUAGUUGGAAAGAGCACUAAACAGAUCUGGGACCAGGCUAGAGGACAUCUAGGACUGGGCCAUAUUGUCCUCCGACAGGUGGACAAUACACGAUGCUAGUUCUUCGACUGAUAGCGUUGGAGUUGUGUUAUGGCAACAAGAACCAAGCACAUGAUGUAUAUUUUCCUACAUCCAUUAAUGUGUGUGUGUGUGUAAUGAUCAAAGCUCAAAUCAAAUCUAAUUUUGUUUGUCACAUGCGCCGAAAACAACAGAUGUAGACCUUACCUUAAAAUGCUUAGUUUUUAAAAGGUAAGAAAAAUGUGCUACUCUAGGGGAAAUAGUAACACAAUAACGGGGCUGUAUACAAGGGGUACCUAUACCAAGUCAAUGUGCAGGGGUACGGGUUAGUCUAGGUAACUGAGGUAAUAUUUACAGGACCAGUCAAAAGUUUGGACACACCUACUCAUUCAAGAGUUUUUCUUUAUUUGUACUAAUUUCUACAUUGUAAAAUAAUAGUGAAGAUAUCACAAUUAUGAAAUAACACAUGAAAUCAUGUACGUAGUAACCCAAAAAGUGUUAAACAAAUCUAAAUAUAUUUUAGAUUCUUCAAAGUAGCCACCCUUUGCCUUGAUGGACAGCUUUGCACGCUCUUGGCUUUUUCUCAACCAGCUUCAUGAGGAAUGCUUUACCAACAGUCUUGAAGGAGUUCCCACAAUUGUAAAUGAGAACUUGUUCUCAACUUGCCUACCUGGUUAAAUAAAGGUGAAAUAAAAUAAAAAUAAAAUAUGCUGAACACUUGUUGGCUGCUUUUCCUUCACACUGUGGUCCAACUCAUCCCAAACCAUCUCAAUUGGUUUGAGGUCAGGUGAUUGUGGACGCAAGGUCAUCUGAUGCAGCACUCAAUCCCUCUCCUUGGUCAAAUAGUGUGUUUUGGGUCAUUGUCCUGUUGAAAAACAAAUGAUAGUCCCACUAAACGCAAACAAGAUGGGGUGGCGUAUUGCUGCAGAAUGCUGGUUAAGGGUGCGUUUUGAAUUCUAAAUCACUGACAGUGUCACCAGCAAAGCACCCCCACACCUCCAUGCGUCACAGUGGGAACCACACAUAGAGAGAUCAUCCAUUCACCUACUCUGCAUCUCACAAAGACAGGGCGGUUGGAACCAAAAAUCUCCAAUUUGGACUCCGACUAAAAGGACAGAUUUCCACCGGUCUAAUGUACAUUACUCGUGAUUCUUGGCCAAGCAAGUGUCUUCCUCUUAGUGUCCUUUAGUAGUGGUUUCUUUGAAGCAAUUUGAGAUGUGUCUAACUUGAACUAAGCAUUUAUUUGGGCUGCAAUUUCUGAGGCUGGUAACUCUAAUGAACUUAUCUGCAGCAGAGGUAACUCUGGGUUUUCCUGUCCUGUGUCGGUCCUCAUGUGAGCCAGUUUCAUCAUAGCGCUUGAUGGUUUUUGCGACUGCACUUGAAGAACCUUUUUAAAGUUAUUGAAAUUUUCCACAUUGACUGACUGACCUUGUCUUACAGUAAUGAUGGACUGUCGUUUCUCUUUGCUUAUUUGAGCUGUUCAUGCCAUAAUACGGACUUGGUCUUUUACCAAAUAGGGCUAUCUUCUGUAUACCACCCCUAUCUUGUCACAACACAACUGAUUGGCUCAAAUGCAUUAAGAAGGAAAGAAAUUCCGCAAAUUAACUUUUAACAAGGCACACCUUUUAAUUGAAAUGCAUUCCAGGUGACUACCUCAUGAAGCUGGUUGAGAGAAUGCCAAGAGCGUGCAAAGCUGUCCAAGGCAAAGGGUGGCUACUUUGAAGAAUCUCAAAUAUUAAAUAUAUUUUGAUUUGUUUAACACUUUUUGGGGGAUUACUACAUGAUGCCAUGUGUUAUUUCAUAGUGUUGAUGUCUUCACUAUUAUUCUACAAUGUAGAAAAUAGUAAGAAAAACCCCUUGAAUGAGUAGGUGUGUCCAAACAUUUGACUGGUACUGUACAUGUAGGUAGGGGUAAAGUGAAUAUGCAUAGAUAAUAAACAAAGUAGCAGCAGCGUAUGUGAAGCGUGUGAAUGUAUGUAUGUGUGUGUGUGUUGGACUUGUUGUGUAGUGUGUGUGGCUAGAGUCCAGUGAGGGUACAUCGAGCCUGUGCAAGAGAGUCGGUGCAAAAAGAUUUGAAUAAAUAAGAGAUGGCAGUCCGGGUGGCCAUUUUAUUAACUGUUCAGCAGUCUAAUGGCUUGGGGGUAGAAGCUCUCAAGGAGCCUUUUGGUCCUAGACUUGGCGCUACGGUACCGCUUGCCAUGCGGUAGCAGAGAGAACAGUCUGUCACUUACAUUUUUACAUUUUAGUCAUUUAACAGAUGCUCUUAUUCAGAGCGACUUACAGUAGUGAGUGCAUACAUUUUUAUAUUUGUUCGUACUGGUCCACUGUGGGAAACGCACAACCUGGCAAGUGCCGUGCUCUACCAACUGAUCUUCCUUUUGACACUGCCUGGUAUAGAGGUCCUGGAUGGCAGGAAGCUCAGUCCCAGUGAUGCACUGGGCCGUACAACUACCCUCUGAUGCCAUACCAAGCGGUUAUGCAACCAGUCAGAAUGCUCUCGAUGGUGCAGCUGUAGAACCUUUUGAGAAUCUAAGGACCCAUGCCAAAUCUUUUCAGCCUCCUGAGGAGGGAAUAGGUGUUGUCGUGCCCUCUUCACGGCUGUCUUGGUGUGUUUGAACCAUGAUAGGUCCUUAGUGACAUGAACACUAGGGAACAUGAAGCUCUCGAUCUGCUCCACUACAUCCCAGUCUGUGUGAAGGGGGGGCGUGCUUGGCCCUCCUCCUGUAGUCCACGAUGCUGCUGUUGACAUUGUGAUUCUCUUAAGAAGGCAUCUGUGGUUCUCUAAUACUGUCAUAAUGGAAUUACACAAGACACAGUGCAGUCUGUUGUACCAAUGCACCUUUGAUUUUAACCAUGUACAAUCUCAUGUUAUUGUAAAUCAGAGUAUUUUGGAUGUCUCUCCUGAUGUCGCACCUGUAUAACGAGGACCAAAUAUUUUAAAUCCAUAAUACAGGAUCCUUGUUUGCAAUGGACUACUUCUAUGCCACCUAGUUUGGUACUUUGUGAAAUAAAUGUUCUAUUUUAUUGAUAAUUAACCUAAAAUGAAAACAAUACAGUCAAGACUGUUUUAAGGUUAUCAGCAUAUGUGUGUUUUUCUGUUUUCUGUGAAAUUGAAAUGGAUAUUUUCA